AUGCCUGGGCAGCGAGGCCCCGUGCCCGUGCCAGUAGGCAACGGCGACCGCGACCUGACCAUCGACAUUCUCGAACACCUCGAACAAAAUGACCCAUUCGAAAGCAACGUAGCGUAUCCACAGACCGCACAGGCGGUAAUGAAGGCCGCCCUCGAUCGCUUGGCUAGUAGAGCAAUGGUCACAUACCGGAGUCGCGACGCAGAAGAAGUCAUUCUCACGGGCGAAGGAAAGCAAAUAGCGGACGAGGGAAGCCACGAGUACAAAGUAUGGCAGAUCAUAAAGGAGGCCGGAAGGGUAACACCGAAGGACCCGAAGCUCUCUUCGCAAUCCGCAAAACUUGGUCAGGGAAAUGCGAUUAAGCAGGGAUGGAUCAAGAAGGACGGCGAUGCCUUCAUAUCUGUCAAGGACGAGGUAGAAGAUGGCACCCGGGUGACACUGCAGCACGUACAGGAGAACAAGAAGAUGCCAGAGGGAGAUUCAAAGCUAUUGAAGGACUUCAUGAAGCGGAAGCUUGUAUCAACGACUAAGAUCAUCUCAUACGAGGUUUCCAAGGGACCGAAAUGGGCGAAAGAGAUUCCCGUUGAAGUCACGGAUCUGACUGCUGAAAUGGUCGAGAAUGGCACCUGGCAAACAGCCAACUUCAAGCCUUACAACUUCAAGGCGAAAGGCGCAAUACAGAAUGCAGGUGCUUUACAUCCACUCAACAAGGUCCGAGAAGAGUUUAGAAAGAUCUUCUUCGGAUGGGGCUUUACGGAAAUGCCCACUGGGCGUUUCGUCGACACUGGCUUCUGGAAUUUCGAUGCGCUGUUCGUGCCACAGCAGCAUCCAGCUCGCGAUGUGCAGGACACCUUCUACGUCUCAGACCCACCUGAGUCAGGUCUUCCCGGUCCAGAUCCUCUAGCCGACCAGGCACUGGACGAGAUGGAGAAGUCAUCAUCUGGGAAGGACGUCGGCACCAAGAAGCUCAACUACAAGCAAUACUACGAGGACGUGAAGGCAGUGCACCAGGACGGCAAAUUCGGCUCAACUGGAUACCGAUACCCAUAUAACGAAGCCGAGACGCGACGGCUGGUACUGCGGACCCAUACCACUGCUGUCUCUACCUACUGCUUACAUCGUCUUGCGGCCAAUCCAGGACCUGCGCGCUACUUCUCAAUAGAUCGAGUAUUCCGAAAUGAGACCGUAGAUGCCACCCAUCUGGCAGAGUUCCAUCAGGUCGAGGGUGUCAUUGCAGACUACGGACUCACGCUCGGUGGCCUGCAAGCCUUCCUGGGCGACUUCUUCGCAAAACUCGGCAUCACGAACCUCCGCUUCAAGCCUGCCUACAAUCCGUAUACUGAGCCAAGUAUGGAGGUCUUCGGCUUCCAUCACGGGCUGAACAAGUGGGUGGAGAUUGGCAACAGCGGCAUGUUCAGACCGGAGAUGCUGCUGCCAAUGGGUCUGCCAGAGGACCUCAGGGUGUAUGGUUUCGGGUUGAGUUUGGAGCGACCGACCAUGAUCAAGUACGCUGUGAGCAACAUUCGGGAGCUGCUGGGACACAAGGUGGAUAUUGGUUUCAUCGAGAGCAAUGCUGCUGUACGACUAGAAAAAGAUUAG